AUGGCCAUGCCAGAUAGCCAAGAAUCGAUUUUACCCAAAGAUGAAACUGUCAUAGAGCAAACACAAUUUGUCAAACUUGGCCGCUGUCAAUGGUGGUUUAUGGUGGCACUCAACAUCUUCUUCCUCAUUGUGGGGCAGGCUGCUGCGGUAUUACUUGGGAGAUUCUAUUAUGACCAGGGUGGUAAUAGUAAGUGGAUGGCCACUCUUGUCCAAACUGCAGCAUUCCCAGUUCUUCUCAUCCCACUUUAUUUUAUUCCUUCAUCCAAAGAUCCAUCAACUUCUUCAGCCCCACCUUCCAUUAAAGUACUUGCCUUGAUUUACUUCGCCCUUGGAGUGCUCUUGGCUUGUGACAACAUGUUGUAUUCUGUCGGACUCUUGUACCUAUCUGCCUCUACUUACUCCCUCAUUUGUGCAACUCAAUUAGCUUUCAACGCAGUUUUCUCGUACUUCAUCAACUCCCAGAAGUUCACUGCAUUGAUUCUUAAUUCAGUGAUUAUCGUGUCAUUCUCAGCAGCUCUUAUUGCUGUCAGUGAUGAUUCCAGUGGACCAGCAGGAGUCUCAAAGUGGAAACAUGUCCUUGGAUUCAUCUGUACCCUUGGAGCUUCUGCAAUUUACUCUCUUCUGCUUUCCCUCAUGCAACUUACCUUCCAAAAAGUUCUUAAGAAGGAAACAUUUUCUGUGGUCUUGGAAAUGCAAAUCUAUACAGCACUGGUUGCCAGUUGUGCUGCAACUGUGGGUCUUUUUGCCAGUGGGGAAUGGAGGACUUUGCAUGGGGAAAUGGAAAAGUUUGGCGAGGGACGAGUUUCUUAUGUGAUGACCUUAGUUGGGACAGCUGUGGCUUGGCAAGUUUGUUCUGUUGGUGUUGUGGGAUUAAUUUUUGUCGUUUCUUCUCUCUUCUCCAACGUAAUUAGUACUCUUUCCUUGGCUGUUACUCCUAUAGCUGCUGUGAUAAUUUUCCAUGACAAGAUGGACGGUGUCAAGAUAAUUGCUAUGCUUCUGGCUAUUUGGGGUUUUGCCACUUAUAUUUAUCAGAACUACCUUGAUGAUUCUAAGGUAAGAAGAAGGCAGACUGGUGUUAGGGAAUCACACAAUGAUUCUUCUGCCUGA